ACGAUCCUGCGCCCUCCACGUCAACGGAAACAGCGGCUGACGAGGUGGCGUCGCGAGGCAGUCACGGAGAGAUAUCUUCUCCAGCCUCUGCCUCUCCUCUGUGUUCGCGGCUGCCGGCGAGGUGAGUCACCAGACCGGACGAUGGCGUGCUGCCGGGCCCUCUCUCUCCAGCUCCUUCCCGCCUCCGCUCACUCCCGCCCCCGGAUUAACUUCCAUCGUCGCAUCCGAUGCUGCGCCGCCGCGGGCGACCAGGUGGAGGCGCCGCAGGACGCCGUGCUCAAGGCCAUUUCUCAAGUAGCAAGUUCUAAAGGAAGGAUUGCACAAACAACAAAUGUUAUCAUGGGUGGUACUGUGACAGAUGACACAACAGAUGAAUGGGUUGUUCUUGAUAAAAAGGUAAAUACUUAUCCUACAGUUAGAGGGUUUACAGCAAUUGGUACAGGAGGUGAUGAUUUUGUCCAGUCAAUGGUUGUUGCUGUUGAAUCAGUCAUUGGAGAACAUGUUCCCGAGGGUCAAAUAUCCCAGAAAGUGUCUGCAAAGGGGAAAUAUGUGUCUGUCAAAAUUGGACCUAUCCGUGUGGUUUCCAAGGAGCAGGUCCAAGCGGUGUACAAUGCCAUGAGGAAAGAUGAGCGAAUGAAAUUCUUUUUGUGAAUGACAUGGCAAAUAGGGUAGAGGUGGUGUAUGUCUAACAGUUGAAUCAUGAAGGUACUCUUGAUGUGCACCAUUAAAGCAGACUUGCUUGCGUCAAUCUCUUGCAGUUGCUGUACAGGUUACCAGUAUUGCAUUCCAUUUCCUGCCAAGAAGCUGUCUGCUGAUUGGGGAGCACAGUAUGCACUUGCCAUACUAGCAGUUGGAUUGGCGUCAAAAGCGAACUGUGCCCAUUGAGUUGGGGAAAUCUUGAGUUGGGGAAAUGGAUGAGGGAUCCUAAAUUUCAUCCUUUGGCUAAUCGACAUGACAUUUUAUAUAUGACAUGUUGCGCUGGAUGUUCUGUAAGCCUACAGAAUAUUUAUUGAAGGAAAUCUUAUCCAUUGAUUUGGAAUGCACGUA